CCAGUUUGCAUCGAUAUCACCCACACGCUUCCCUCAACACCAAGCAACAACCAUGCUCGCUCAACUUAAGUACGCUGUCGGACAAAGCAAGCGCUGGGCCCCUUCCCUUGCUGCUUACGGUGCCGUCACCUCCAUGGCGAUUGUGUACAUGACGGACAAGUGGAUUGGCCGCCCCGUCCUCGCUCGUGUGCCUUGGAUCGGCGACCGGUACCAGCUGCCCAAGGAAGAGAACUGAAGGCUCCUUCUUGUGUGAAGUUGUUGUUGCCAUGUAUCUGUGUUUGAGUUGGUUGCAUUGACUUCUGUGCGUGUCGCGCUCAGUUCGUGCUGGUUGUUGUUGUUGCUGUUGUUGUGGCUGUCAUCGCCCCUCUGCCGCUGGCGUUGCACUCUUGCAGCGACUAUCCACCAACCCCUGAUCCCCUUCCCUUCGCUUCCCUGUCCCACUGGCCCCUCCUUCAACAUCGCAGAUGCGCAAUGGGUUGUGAUGGGUUGUGAUUUGUGGUCUAUUGGGCAACAAAUGGCAGUAUAAGCAUCCACGCACACGUACUGUGCACACAUAUCGCAA